AACGCGAUGAAACCAUGGUUACACACACACCUAGAAAAAAUUUGGCCGUCAGUCUGCACAAAAAUUUUAUAGGUGAGAGAUUUCAGUAUUUCACAAACGGGGAAAACUUGACUACUUUCGUGUCAAUACAGUUGAUUUAAUUCCCACUUGGACAGAAGAUCACGGCCCUGCAUCAAAUGGGUCCCAUAUGAAAUGACUGAUCGAUCAAAACAUCCAUAUGAUUGUAUGAUGAUUUCUGUGUCAGAAGCUGACGCCUAGUGUGAAUUGCGGAAAGAAAGAAAUAGUUUUUCCUGUUUGGUUAUAUAUACACACACAAGUUCCCCAUGUUGAUCGUGUUUUCAGCGUAGGAAAUAUCCAUGGCGACUGGAAACAACUCCGUUCGCUCUCUGGAACACACCCCGACGUGGGCAUUGGCGGUUGUCUGCUUCUUCUUCAUAGCCAUUUCCAUUGUUCUUGAGCACUGUAUCCAUCUUCUCACCAACUGGCUUAAGAGACAUCGGAAGACUGCGUUGUGCGAUGCCGUGGACAGACUCAAAUCCGAGCUGAUGCUUCUGGGGUUCAUGUCUCUACUACUAGCAGUAACUCAAGAGCCUAUUUCCAAAAUCUGCAUACCACCCAAGUAUGCUGACAAGAUGCUUCCCUGUCGGCGACUGGUUGAAGAUCAAAGUGCAAAUACUACUGAUCCUUGCACGUCUAAGGGUAUGGUUUCUUUAGUGACCCAAAAAGGGAUCCAGCAGCUUCAAAUCUUCAUCUUUGUGCUGGCUGUCAUGCAAAUUGUUUAUAGUGUUCUCACCAUGGCUUUGGGCAGGCUUAAGAUGAGACGUUGGAGUGCUUGGGAGAAAGAAACACAAACAACGGAGUACCUCGCUGCCAACGAUCCUAAUCGAUUCAGAUUCACGAGGCAAACAACUUUCGGAAGACGGCACAUGUCUUCUUGUACAGAAACAUCCCUUCAAUUGUGGACAAAAUGCUUCUUCAGACAGUUCUUUCGAUCAGUGGUAAAGGUGGACUAUAUCACUUUGAGGCAUGGUUUCAUCUCGGCUCAUUUGGCACCCAAUAGCAACUUCAAUUUCCAAAAGUACAUACGACGAUCACUGGACGAGGAUUUCAAGGUCGUAGUCAGCAUCAGCCCUCUGAUGCGGUUUAUUGUGGUUAUCUUCUUGCUCCUAGACGUACAUGGUUGGCAUGUGUAUCUCUGGGUGUCCUGCGUUCCACUCUUGAUAGUGCUGAUUCUGGGAACCAAACUGGAAGUCAUUGUGGAGAGAAUGGCCCUUCAGCUAAAACAUCAGAACUAUGUAAUCAAAGGAACGCCUCUGGUUAAGCCCAAUGACAAUCUCUUCUGGUUUGGGGACCCAAGAUUUGUUCUGACUCUUAUUCAUUACACUCUUUUUACGAAUGCAUUCGAGAUGGCCUUCUUUAUCUGGGUUUCAAUAGAAUUUGGGUGGGACUCUUGUUACCAUGAGCACACGGUGAUCACUGCCAUAAGAGUGGUGUUGGCUGUGACAGUUCAAGUCCUUUGCAGCUAUAUUACACUUCCCCUAUAUGCACUAGUGACACAGAUGGGAUCACAAUACAAGGGUAAGGCACUGGAAGAGCAGACGGCCAAAAUCAUAAAGCAGUGGCACGCGGAGGUAAGGGAAAGGAGGAAGAGGCAAGAACAGUCGUUACAAUCUCCUCGGACAUCUUGGACGACAGAAUGGAGCCCCAGGAGGAGUAGUGUGACUGAAUCUUCAUCGCUUCUACGACAAUGUAGGCUAGGAGGAAGCCCUACUAGCAAAGGAGAAAUCGUGGAGGUGGAAGAAGAAGAAAGUGUAAGAAACGAGGCUGCCUGGUCAAGGUUUCGGUCUGUGCCCAUGCUAGAACUGCAAGCAGUGAAGCGAGAUGGGAGAUGGAAAGAAAGAGAGUAGGAGGAAUGGCAGGGAGGUGAGGUUUGUUUGGGAUUGGGCAAAAGCGAGCUCAUGGCUAAAGCAAGGCAUAUGCGUGGCUUGGGCGCAUCAUGGUAUUGGGAGUGUUUCUGGGAAAUCCAUGUACAACAAGAAGGGCAGUGAGUCAAGCCGUGGCUGGUUUCUCUCUAUAUCUUUACAAAUAUGUGUGCAUCCAUGAAUGACAUCCAUAAACUGUAAUAAUUAUAUACACACUAUUAUUUGAUCCUAUAUUUAUUAAGACAAAACAAGAACUGAUGGUGAUGUCAUAAGGGAUGGUGAAA